AUGUCAUUUUACUCCAACUUUAUUGAGGAUUAUAAUUAUAAUUAAUUUUACAAAGUUAUACGCUAGUGGAUAGUUUGAGUGCCAUCAAAAUGGGAUGCUUUUACUCUAGGGGUCUUGAGGAGGACUUGGUCUACGACAUGUCUCCUAUAAGGCAUCUCCCCGUGAUCUUCGUGAACGGUGUGCCUGGCGCCGGCAAUCAGACUGUAGCGCAGACUAUCUCAAAUAUAACCGGUUACACGAUGAUCAGGCCAGGGGAGCUAGUGCGAGCCGAGGCGGGUAAAGACACGGCCAGAGGACGGUUAAUCGCGGAUAAGUUACAGGCACAGGAGGAUAUACCUGAGCAACUGACAGUGGACCUAAUAAAAGAGGCGAUGUUAAUGCAGCAAGAGGCCAAGGGCUUCAUCCUAGUGGGCUUCCCCAAGAACCCGCGCAUGUCGAACAUGUUCAACAGGCAAGUCAAGUGGCCAGAGAAGAUUGUGGCGUUAGAAGUGGACAAUGAGGUUGCAGCAACCAGACUACAGAAUAAGUUGUCGGAGUUAGGAAGGCCGGAGUCAGAGAUCAACGCGGCGCGGCAGAUCGUGAGGGAAGCAGCGCAUAAAGUCAAAAAUGUACACAAACGGUUCGGAGGACAUGUUAUUACGCUGGACAGCAGCGGUAACCCAAAGGCUCUGGCGUCUACACUCAAGGAGAUACUAUCAGACACCAUUGAGAAGUGCCAGAAGCGGCCGGAGUCUCCGGACCCCCGCCCGCCCACCGCCGUCUCCGCCCCCGCCGUAGCCCCCCUGACGAUGACGUCACUCGCGCCCGAAGCUCCCCCCGCGCCUAUAGACAUCGCCGAGGGGGAGAAGUGAUAGUGUUACUCGCUUAAUUGUGACUUAUUUUAAAUUUUGCUAUAUUACAUGUUACUAUUUUUAUUUAGUGUUUUUUGUAAAGCGACCCAACCUCGCGCUACGUUACUUAUUAAAGAACAAUUCAAUUUAGU